ACCCACAUGACCUCCACCUCCAUCACCAGUAUGUACCACCAUGGUCCACCACCACCACCGCCGCCGUUAUCACCAUGCACUGGCGGGGUCGCAUUGCGGGGUAGGUACAUAAGCUGGCUGCAUCAGGGGAAAUGCAAGGCGGGGGAAGGCAUGGGAAUCUUUGGUGGCGACAUGACCACUACCCGGAAAGGCCUGUCACGGUUUUACCGAGGGCCUGGUCUCGAUCACAGAUUAUUUUUUCUCACGGCGGGCCGACGUCCAUCCGACCGACUAAAAAGGAGAAGGAGUUAGGAGAAAGGGGGAAUGAGGAUCUUCAGAAUCUCUACAAAAUCCCACCAAGAAAGAAGGCCCUUCGGAAUCACACAUUGCAUCGCGCGGUCCACGGUAUUCUUUCCGUCACGGCGCUUCAAAGGAUUCAAAAAGAGCGAUAACUAGCGGACGGACGGAGGACAAAGCCGAAGCGUGCGCAGCUGGAAGACAAAGUCGGCCCCGAGAAGAUAUGCCCCUCCAACCACCGACCUCGCUGCUACGGCGUCUGGCACCAGUCGCAUGGCGCUCAACUCUAACGCCCAUCGCCGCCCGUCCGUUAUCCAACGUGAUUGGGGUGUCACAAACCGCCCUGCGUCAACGUCGACAACCACCACCCCAGCAACAACACCGCUACACACAAUGUCGAUCGUCCUCGCACUCCCCACUAUCGCCGACCGCUACCCCCACACGGAAGAAGGUCACCAUCAACACGCUGCGCAACCUCCAUGCCGCAAAGACUCCGAUCGCGAUGGUGACGGCCCACGACUUCCCGUCGGGCCUGGCGGCAGACCUGGCGGGCGUCGACAUAGUCCUCGUGGGUGAUUCGCUGGCAAUGGUCGCCCUGGGCAUGGAAGAUACCAACCAGCUAACCCUCGACGCCAUGCUGCACCACUGCCGGGCCGUCUCGCGCGCCGUCAAGUCCGCCUUCCUCAUCGGCGACCUGCCGAUGGGCUCGUACGAAGUGUCCCCCGAACAAGCGAUCCAAUCCUCGAUCCGGCUGAUCCAAGAGGGGCGGGUGCACGCCGUGAAGCUAGAGGGCGGCUCCGAGCUCGCGCCGACGAUUAAGCGGCUCACGUCGCUGGGCAUCGCGGUGCUCGGGCACAUCGGGCUGACGCCGCAACGCGCGUCGUCGCUGGGCGGGUUCCGCGUGCAGGGUAAGACGCUCUCGUCGGCGCAGAAGCUGCUGGCGGAUGCGUUGGCGCUGCAGGAGGCCGGGUGCUUCGGCAUGGUGCUCGAGGCCGUCCCCGCCGAGAUCGCGGAGAUCGUCACCAAGGAGCUGGAUGUGCCCACUAUUGGCAUUGGCGCGGGCGCGGGCACCAGUGGGCAGGUGCUGGUCCAGAUCGAUAUGCUGGGCCACUACCCCGAGGGAAGGUUCAUGCCGAAGUUUGUGAAGCGCUAUGCGAAUCUGUUUGAGCAUGCUAAGAGCGGCAUGGAGGAGUAUAUGCGCGAGGUUAGGCAGGGCGAGUAUCCGAAGAAGGAACAUACGUAUCCGAUCGGAAAGGAGGAGCUGGAGGCGUUUAAAGGAUACAUGGCUGUGAGGGCGGAGAAGGAAGGGAAGACGGAUGGAGAGCGGUGAGAUUUAGUGGCUUUUUGGGUUGUGGAUAUACCGUGGAAUAUCUUUUUGCAUGUAGAGCGUAUUAUAUGAAAUACGACUUUAGGGUUCUAGAC